AGAUGCAGAAGAGGUAAACCUCACUCAAGCAUGCUCAUAGCUCGAGCUGAGUAAGGACUACCCAGAAUGUCCUCCCUCCCCCUCGCAUUUUUAUGGACGUUACAAAUAACCCGGCGGCGGGCUCCGCCGUCUCACAUUUGGCUGCCCAUAACGCUUGGUGCUUCCCCCGCAGCCGUGCCCUGACGGCAGCAGGCAGCCCCGACGGAGAACCCACUCGGGCACGAGUGGGUGUCGAGGAGCGAGGGGCGGGGUGAAGCGGGGCGGGACGGGGGCAGACAACGGCCGCCGGAGUGGGGAGCAAAGCCUGAGCGGGGACGACGGCGGCGUGGGAGCAGCGUGCAGGAGAGCCUGGUUUGCGAGCCAUUCUCCCGAAUUAAUAUGCGAGGCUUGCUGCAGCUGGGGAUACCCACCGCCCGCCCAGAGUGCUUGGAGGAACGUGGCGUGAUCUCCCUCUUGUGGAAUAUUAUCGGAACUAAAUUCUUGUGAUCCUAAAGAAGGCAAGUCCGGCACUGGCAACCAAAUGAUGGCAGCAGUUACCGUGGCACCUGAUGCUCUUGUCAGCCCUCAAGGAAAUGAAGAGAUGGACUCUCUGAUCGUACUGCAUUAUAAUUACACAGGAAAGCUUAUUUUAAGGGAAAAGGCAACUGAUAGCAUAGACCUGUCCACUAUUGCAUUUCUGAUCCUAUGUAGUUUCAUAGUCCUGGAAAACUUGAUGGUGUUGAUUGCCAUAUGGAAAAACAAUAAAUUUCACAAUCGCAUGUACUUUUUUAUCGGCAAUCUAGCUCUCUGUGAUCUUUUAGCUGGGAUUGUUUACAAAGUAAACAUUCUUAUGUCUGGGAAGAAAACACUGAGCUUGUCCUCCACAAUCUGGUUCAUCAGAGAAGGCAGCAUGUUUGUUGCCCUGGGAGCCUCUACUUUCAGCUUACUAGCAAUAGCUAUUGAGCGGCAUUUGACCAUGAUUAAAAUGAGACCUUACGACGCAAAUAAAAAAUACAGAGUGUUCCUUCUCAUUGGUACAUGCUGGCUUAUUUCAAUUUCCUUGGGUGCCUUACCCAUCCUCGGCUGGAACUGUAUAAACAACUUACCAGAUUGCUCAACAAUUUUGCCACUGUACUCCAAGAAGUAUGUUGUGUUCUGCAUUAGUAUCUUCAUAGCCAUUUUGGUUGCCAUUGUCAUCCUUUAUGCCCGUAUCUACAUCCUGGUAAAGUCCAGCAGUCGUAAUGUCACUAACCACAAUAACUCGGAGCGGUCCAUGGCACUCCUUAGGACUGUUGUGAUCGUCGUUAGUGUCUUCAUUGCCUGUUGGUCUCCACUGUUCAUCCUGUUCCUCAUCGACGUGGCCUGCAAAGUCAAGGAGUGCUCUAUCUUGUACAAAGCCAACUGGUUUAUUGCUCUGGCGGUCAUAAAUUCUGCAAUGAACCCCAUCAUCUACACUCUGGCUAGUAAGGAAAUGCGCCGGGCUUUCUUUCGCCUUGUUUGUGGCUGCCUGGUGAAAUCUAAAGUGGCCAGAUCUUUGCCUAUUCAGCCCACACCAGAUCAUAGUCGAAGUAAAUCCAGCAGCAGCAAUACCCAGAAGCCAAAGGAAGACUUCCCACAGGUUAAUGUACCUUCCUGUAUCGCUGAGAAAAAUGAAUCUUCAUUUCACAAUGGAAACUUCUGUAAGUAAAGGACUAGUCGAGACAAGUACCUUUCAGUGACUUUUAGAUUUAAACUACAAGUGUAGUUAAGUGUUCAUGCACUUAAGUCACAGAGGAAAACACUAACCACUUAUUUAACUUUGAGGACAUACUUGUCACCAAUCAUUUGCUUUGGGUGUUAAUUCAGUAACACACCUUAUUCAGAAAACACCCUUCAUGCUACCCAGAAGCUAGUACAGAGUCCAUGCACAUCUAAUAACAUUGUGCACCACAAUGGCAUUGUAUGAUGAGGCUGCACUUGGCACUGCCUGAUCUUGCAAGACAUCAAUAAAAUCUGUUGACAAACUUCAGCAUUCACUAUACACUGAUGAUGGUUAGAAAAUGAGCCUGCUUAUUGCCGACUGGGAGAAAAGCUCAUUACAUAUGUUGGUGGUUAUAGUUCUCUAUAUGUAUCUUGCUGUUAUGUUAAUGGCCUUAUAUGUAUGUGGUAUAAAUAGCUGUAUAUGUGUACAAUUCCUUAUUAAAAAGUCAUAGUUUGGUAAAAGUUUACAAUAUGCUAAACAUUGUAUUGCAGUAUACAGUGUAAGGUGAGAAACUAUACAAAUAGAUAUGUUUCAAUGGGGAUAUUUGGAAAUAUAUGAAGUAGUAGCUUUUAUAAUAACUGACAAGAACUUUAAAAUGUCAUAUCGAUGCAGUAUUUUUAUAUCUUCCACUGUUAUUCAAACUUUUCAUGUUUAGUGAGAGACAACAUGAUAGUCGUCACUGUGACAUUGCACAACUUAUUUUGAACAAGCAGUAGUAAAUAACCAUUGAGAGAGGCUAUAUAUGUUUGCUAUUUAAAGUAGUUAAAAUGUGACCCAACAAUACACAUGUAUCAAGUGUAUGUACUGUUUCAACGCAUAUAUUUUUACUUACUAUUUCCAAUAUAUUUAAAAAUGUAUGUCAAACUUAUAUAAACCUGUGUACAUUGUGAAUGCACUACCUAAGCUGAGAUUUGUCAGUUCUGAAACAGAGAUGUACCAUUUCAGAAAACAAUGAACCACAGACGGGUCCAGGUGGAGUUCUUCUUUUUCUCUCCAGGCACUAACACAGCAUGGAAUUUGUUAGAAAUUCUCCCAGGGAAGAAGUCCAGCCAGUGGGACAAGAUCCUAUUUUGUGGCAGUGGGACCCUACACUCCUCCUGCCUCUGGGCACUUUCACAGAUACAAGAGGGAAGAUGCAGUACAACAGGUUCACACUGAAGGGUGUAUCUCCAUUUAUACCUGACAUUGCCUUGGAUGUGGAAUAAAAGCCUUUUUAGUUUGGAAGACCUUCCAACUUUCCUGGAGCCCCAGAUUUACUCUUUCAAGAGGCUGUUCCAGAGAAAAAACCUGUAUGAAAACAACUGUGUGGUCUACCACUGCCUUACCAGCCUCGGUACAGGAUGGUGUUCAGCAUCAGAGGGAUUCCGAGACCUAGAGCAGUUAAGACUUCAUAAACACUUGGUUUCAAAUCCCCAUGGGAGUGGCCCGUGGUACUUCCAUCAGUAGUACUUUAUGGCUGGAGGCUUCAGUGGAGGUUGACGGGAAAUUAUGAGAUUAAUUCCCUUUGUCUUUCAGUAAGAAUGUAAGCAUCUAACUUUAUUGAGCUCUUUCAAAGUUUUAUGUUCAAUGUCACAAACCACAUGCUGCCUUAUGUACAAUCAGAAGUAGUUCAGGCUUUUUUUAAUACACAGCCUGAAAGGAGCUCAUCCUUAGCUUUACUCCGGUCUUAAUCAUUUAAAGCAGCAACAUUAGACUUCUGCCAAGUAGCUACAGUGUAUAAGUUGUGUAAUGUGUGUAGCAAAAGCCUUUAAAAAGUAGAGGUUUGCAUUGUGAUUAUCUUUUACAAGUUAUCAGUCUGCUCGUAAAUGUUUUAUGCUGUUAGAAAAGUGUAAGAACAAAGAAAAACUGUAUUUUAAUGAAAUAACUGUGAAAGAGAGUAGUAAAUACAAAGUAAUUUCUACCAAAAAUGUUGAAAAGCAGUGCACUUAGAGAAGAAGAGAAAGCAAAACUAAGCUAAGCAUGAUAUAACUAUAUGAACUGCAGAUACAGGCUGGGUCAACAGCUCUGUAGCUUUUUGAGAAAUAGAACUGGUGACAUUGCAUUGCCAUGGCUUGCUCAGGUUUUUAGAUAAUACAGUUCUGUUUGACUGUAUUUUCAGUGUGGAAGUUCCUCCCUGAAGCUGUGUCUUUGAAAACUGCCAGUGAAAAUAUUUGUAUACUUCUAAACGUUAGUUCAUGAAGUGGUGGGAUGUGGCAGCACUCCUUGCUAUUGUAGAGCAAAAAGGCCUUCGCAACACAAUGGUACGAGAAAACAUUGUGACCGACCCCACACCAACUCUCAUGUCAAGGAUGUUACAUGAUUCUCACUAUUUAGGUGAAAGAAAAAUAAUAUUUUUAAUAGGCAAAGUCCAAGAACAUGCACAAAAAAGUGAGUUUUAACAUCUGUAUUCUAGCCUUAGGUAUUAUCAGGGUACAAGUAAUGCAAGCAACUCCCCUGUUGGAGGCCAUGUGACUGUGUGUCAGUACAAAACCUUUCACUCUACUUUGAUUUCCUUCUCUUACUUUGGAGCUGUGGGGAUAUUUUGUUAGUUCACUACUGUGUGGGCCGACGCAGGCAGGUCGGAGGAACAACCAGAGAACACAGUUGCAUUGCAAAGAGCAAAUUUAUUUUCAGGAAUCUCAGAAACAUCACUUGAACUCCUGGUCAGGGGUGACACAAGCAGAGAUGCAGGUACUGCAGAAUUCAGCCCUUGGUGCAGACCAAUGAGCCUGCGUAUUUUGGCCUGUAUGUAGGGAUUCACGCAGGCGCAGUUCAUCACACUGCUCUGAUCUUCGCCUGCAGAAAUCUCAAGGAUGUACGAUAAGGUGCCUUUAUUACUUUUUUCACAGGCCUGUUACCUAAAAACAGAGGGUUCCGCUUGUGAUUUAUAUGUUUUUCUACACCACAGCUGCAGUCACUUGAGUGUAUUUACAGUUCUCCUCACCAUGCUUGCGCUAUUCCCACACGGUCACCCUGCUGUACUUGAAGCAGGCUCCCAAGAUUCAUGCAUUCACAUGUGACGCUGAUAAUAAAAUUUACAAAGUACUUAUGACUGAAUAGAAAAAGCCUGUGGUGGAUACAGUCUUCUGUGGCUACAUCCCACUGAGACAUCUUAGGCAAAGCAUGAAUUCUAGAAGAUUUCAGAGCAAAAUUUUAAAGUAGAACAAGCUGAAGGCUUAGCAGCAAUAGACCAUAACCAGGAAGAUGUCCUAUCAUUGAAGCUGGAAAAAGACGACGAAUAGCUUUAUUCACCUCAAAAUAUUAGAAAAUUCCUUAAAAUACAAUUGAGAAUCCAAGCUUUUUAACAUCUAGGCUGAUUUGAGCAUAUAAGAAACUGAAUUAUGUCUCCUUUUCCCAAUUGGUUUUACAUGGAGCAAAAGCUACAAAGGAGAUUAACAUUUAUAUUUCAUGAAUUGGAAUAUUUAUUUUGGUUCUGGAUUGCAGAAGAAAUGCAAAGCGAAUCACCUAAGGCAAAAAAAAAAAAGCUUUCACGAGAUGCUUUCCUAGAGUCUUUUAUUGCCAAGUCUUACAGAGUAUUUUCAACUUAUUAGGUACCAUAAACAUUUUGAAAACUUUUAAUUAAAUCUCAAGCAUUUGAACCAAA